GUCCAUUGAAGAAUUUUCGAAUUCUGACUACUUCAAACUUUUAAUAAAGUAAAGUUGUAUAACUUUUUGGUGAAAAAACAGAGUCCCAGAGAUGCUCAGAGUGUUUGUCUUACUUUCGGUUUUGUACAUUUCAGUGCAUUGUAGUGACGAAUCUCAGAUGAGACAGUCGACCGAGAUGGUUCGAAGUGUGUGCCAACCAAAGCAUAAAAUAUCAGAUGAUGUGGUGUUCGGCGCUCGCGAGGGUAAAUUUCCCGAUGAUAAAGCGUUCAAGUGUUAUGUUCAGUGUGUUCUCGAGAUGAUGGGUAUGAUGAAAAAGAAUAAGGUCUUAUAUGAGUCAGCAAUGAAACAAUUCGAUGUGUUGUUACCCGAAGACUACAAACAGCCCUAUAAACAUGCGUUGGAAGCAUGCAAAGAUGCAACUGGAGGUGCAAAAAAUGCAUGCGACGCUGCCUAUAAUUUUCUCAAAUGUUUCUACGAUAACAAUACGAAAUUCACAUUCGCCCUUGAACUCGCAGAAUUUCAGAAAACAUUGAAAAUUGUUCAUGACACAUGCCGAACGGUAACCAAAGUACCCGAAGAAAAAAUUCAACAAUUAAAAAAUGACAAUUUCAUUGAAGAUCAAGAUAUCAAACAAGCCUUAACCAAAGAGCAAAUAGAUGAAAUGACCAAAAAGUUGUUAGAAGAUUGUGCUAAAAAAGAGGGAGCAUCAACUGAUGAAGUGGCCAAUACAGUUGCGCAUAAAACGCCAACGACCAAAAAUGAAAAGUGCCUCCAUGCUUGCGUCGGUGAAUCAUUGGGAUUGAUUAAAGACAAGAAAACGGAUGUCGAAGCUUCAGUGGAGAUUGCAAAAAUGGCAUUCGGUGCUGAUGAUCCAAAAGUAAGCAUCGCUCGUCAAAUAUCUACGGAGUGUGCCGGUGUUACGCAUGAUGAUCGCUGUGAAGCUGCUGUCAAAGCAUACGAGUGUGGCGUUGCUGCUGGUCAAAAGCUUGGCGUUAAGUUCGAAGACUUGGGUCUUUAAUUGGCGAUCCAAUUUAAAUCGAAGACAUUCUUUUGUUGUGGAAACAAAAACCACGGAAACGAUUGUAAUCCCGUUAAUUGUGUUACUCAUGUGCGAAUUGCGUUAAGCCCAUCCAAUUGUAAAAAAUAUGGUUAUUACAUAAAACUCAUUAACAAUUCUAACCGGCGUUCUUUUAUUAUUUUGGUUCUAAUGUCAUUAUGAUGUUAAUUCAAUUCUUUGUCUGGUUUUUUUUUUGGUUCUAUUUUUUCAAUGAUCGGAAUGUUUAAACAAAGUCACUUGAGAUGAUUUUGCAAAAAAUAGCGAUAUUCACCAAUCAAUUCAGUUAACGUGAAAUAGGAAUAUCUGUAUAGAAUGAAUAGUCAAACACAAUUAACCAACAACUAAUCAAUUCGGAGAUCGUUGGCUAAUAUGCUCAGUCAUUGUGUUCUGCAAACCGAAAAUUUGGACAGAUGAGUUAAUCAACGAAAGUACAUAAAGAAUAAUUGUCAUGAUACCUAUAGAAACUCAUUUGAGCACACACACAGCAUCACAACGCUUGACGUUGCUAAAUCAGUAAAUAAUGUUGGUGUGAAUGAUUUCAUCUUGAAUUUUGCUUGUGUGAGCAAGUUCACAGUAUAAAAGCGACCUGAUGCUCAUACAAAGUCAUCAGUUGUUGUGGCCAGUUCAAAACUAUAAGUUUGGUUAUUUGAAUUCAGUUUGGCGAAUUAUUUUUCAAAACCGUGAAAAGAUGAAGGCAUUCUAUUCAAUUGUUAUUUUAAGUGUUUUGUUUGCCGUUUGUAUGGCCAAAUUAACUCCGGAACAGCGGCGUGAACUUGAGGCCAAACUUCUUAGCGAAUGCAAGGGACCAAGCGGUGCCACUGACGAUGAUGUCAAAGGUUUGCGCGAGCAUGAAGUUCCAAAAACUACCACCGGAAAAUGUUUG